AUGGCUCCUCCUCUGGUUGGCCAGAACCAAACCGGCGUCCCAGAGGAGGGUAAAGAGGGGCCAAGCCCAACACCUGGCCUCUCUGGCUUCGGCCUAAAUACCGCCCCAACCGUACAGGCCGAGCACCUGCCGGCGGUUGAGGGCACGGAGAGAUCGAGCUCACCACUCGAUCUCUCCGCCCCCAGCACGUUGCAGUUUUCGCCCGUAUACAGCACAGGGCACUCAACGCUGCAUGGGGUCCCCUCAAUAAAAUCAUUGGAAGUCUUCGAUGAGGGGGAAGACUGGGCGGUGGACGAGACGGUCGAAGCCAAAAUCGACCGUCUCCAAUAUGAACGAAAACUGUGGAAGACCGAAUGCCGGAAGAUGUGGCUGAGGCAAAAGACCCUGGAGAAUAAUGUGAAGUACUAUGAAGGGGCAGUUGAAGAGGCCCAAGCUGAAGUCAAGAAGGCCAAAGAAGAAGCGGCCGCCGCAAUCAAAAAAGCGGAAGAAGAUGCCGAAAACAAGAUCAGCGAGAUCCAAAAAAAAUAUUUUGGGGCCCUCACCGAAGCGGACCGUGCUCAGAGGAAGCAAAGGGAGGCAGAGUCAGAAGUCGCCCGUCUCCAACAACGCCUCACCGAGAAUUUGAAAAAGGCCGCUCCUCGGUCACCAAGAAAAGAACGUUCCAGAAGUCCACUGCGAACGGCGCCAACUCCCGAAGUCCAGACAAGUGCCUCGCCGAUACCUGAAGCCAAUACACAAGUCGAAGAACCAGAGCUUUCGCACCCGUCAUUCGACGUCCAGACCGUAGAACAACAUGAUGCCCCAGGGCCUCUCCGAAGAAUGCCGAAGUGCAGGAGGCGGUGCUGCCAGCCGCCGCCUCCUGUCAAUCAACCUCCUCGGCCUCCCCGAAGAUCAAGGGAGGUCGAACAACUCGGCCCAAUUAUUGAAGCCGUCGUCUUUGAAGACCGGCCGAGGAGGAGAAGCCGUCAGCCUCCGGCACGCCUUGUCGUAGACAUGGUGCGCAGGAGCUACGCAUCAAUGCGUAACUCCUUGCUGCCUCGUAAGUUUAUUGUCUCUUGUCAUUUACUUUUUAGGCCAAAACCCUCUAGAAAUCAACCAACUGAGGCGUUUUUUUAAGAAAAAAUACAUUAUCCAUAUAUAAAUCUCAAUAAUAUGUUUUUUCAGGUAGAAGGACUCGAAGAACAAAUGUCCAGCACGAGGAGGUUCCUUCGUUCCUUGGGUGAUCAACCCACACUGAAGACAGAGCUCCGCCUUCAGCACCUAAUUACGUAAGUUUUUGGCAGUCACGCCUCAAUAACCUCUAUUUUUUUCAGUAAUUGGCAAAAAUUCACUCCCAGGAUUAAAAAGGACUUACCAUAAACCUCUUCGGGGACCAAUCGUUCGUUGUUGACCACAAGAUCCCGCCUAUACAUCGUGCAGUUGAUCAGUACGAGAAAAUGUAAGUUCCCUUUUAUUUCCAAAAAAAAUAAUUAUUUUUGCGAACUGCGCCCGAAAAAAGAACACUUGCUAUUUUUUGCCAUACGCUGGUGAAUUUCGCGGGUUAGUAUAAUAUAAUUAUAGAAGAUGGUGGUAGAACUAGCUGUAAAGUCGCGUGUAAACAUCUUUAAGCUUCAUUUUUUUCUGGACCUCCCUGACUUUACGGUUUUUUUUUUUAGUUUUUCCCCAUUUUUUGUCUAAAAUAACAUAAAUUUUAUUUAUUCUUUUAUUUUCAGCCAAUGCCAAGUACUUUUCUUUUCGCAGGCCAUAGGGCAAAAGAAGCCGCCCCUCUAAAAAUUUUUUAUAGAUUAGACGUUGGGCUAUCGACUGGUACUAAUUUUAUCCCAUUAUGUUAAAGACUGAGUGAAAAACAAAGGUUUUUCCCGAAAAAACGUAAAAAAAGCGUAAAUACUGUGAUCUACUAGGUGUCUACCGAGUUCAUUUUUUGAAGUAAACCGCCCCUCUAAAAAAGUUUUGUAGAGUAAAGGUUUGGCUAUCGACUGAUACCAAUUUUAUCCCAUUAUGUUAAAAAUUGACUGAAAAAAUAACGUUUUUCAGAAAAAAACGUCAAAAAAGUUGAAUACUACGAUCUACUAGGUGUCUACUGAGUUCAUUUUUUGAAGUAUAAAUAUGAAAUUUGGAUAUCACGUAGCUCUAGGGAAUAGCUUUAUUUGGUUUUUGGAAGGGUGAUUCUACGACCACCGGGAGCCGAGUUAUCCACUGAUUACUGCUGAGAACCCCCCGUUUUGGACGUAAAAAGUCACUCCGAUCGCUGUGAUAAAUGCGCCGCUCUAUAGAUGGUCUCUACUAAUCUGUCGCGACUCUCUCGCUUCGAAACGUGUUUUGGGUGUUCUCUCGCUUUCCCUUUCGUUUAUUUUAUUUAUUUUUCGUUGAUGAAACAGGCCCCUGAACUUUUUCGAUUAAAUUUCUAGAUUCUGUUUUGUGUUUAACUUACGUUCUUAUAGUAGACACCAGACAAGUACUAUAUUUCACCGUAGCCCUUUCAAAAAAUGGAGAAAUCUGUUUUUCGACUGCCAUUAUUUGUUCGUUGUCUCUUUGUGCGGACAUUUUUAUUCGUUCCUUUUUCAGACCCUUCCGUUUACAUGAGCUCGUGCCCCGAUUGGAUCAAUCCCUUUACCAUGAUGGACUCUCAAAGCCAAGUGGACAAAGAUUGAAUAGAAAAAGAAAAAAGGCAAAAAAAAAUAAAAUAAAAAAGGCAAAAAAAGGAAAAAAAAGCCUAAAAAAAGAAAAAAAAGCCAAAAAAAAAAGAUAAAAAAUAAGAAAAAAAAUAAAAAAACGUAUAUUAAUUAAAGCCUAAAAAAUAAGAAGGCAAAAAAAUACAAACAAUGUUAUCUAUUCUCCGUCAUCGCUAGUCAUCACAAAAAUAUAACACCACUCCUUAUGUCACGGUGCAUUCUUAGUGGGACUUGAUCAUGUAAGUUAUAAUUUCGGCUUGAAUUUUACCUUGCCUUAGUUUAAAAUGACAUAAUUUGGAUCUUAUUUUCAGUAUUUUUGGAAAUCUACGAAAUGAAUGGCAAUUUACGCUUUUCGAUCAAGCAGCCAGCAGAAUUCGACUUCAGAUCGACAUGGAAAUGAAGAAAGUCCAUGGUCAAUACGAAGCAGUGAUUAUAAAAUGUAAGUUUUGGUUAUACUCCCGGACAUUUCCGACCGUCCAUAUCUCAAUUGAAUCUAACUCAAUUGCUUUGAAGCUUGGCAUGUGUACCAGUCAUGACAAGCAGAAUCUGCCACUUAAAAAUGUUUUUUGUAUCUCUGUCCUUAGGCGAGUUAUGCGAGUUUUCCAAAAAUAGGUGGACAAAAAUUUCUGAUCACCGAAAAUAACUAGGGUUUUCCCACCACCUUCAGUAGGCGACAUGGUUCUGUUAUCUUAAAACAACCUUUAGGGACCUACAAAGACGAUGAGUAUACUUUUUAACACCAGGCGUAUGCCCUCAAGCAUAUCGUAUCAUUGCAACGCUUUUUUUGUGGUAAAAUCAUGCUUGAACCGACUACGGGACCGUUUUGUUUCCGCGUUUGAGUUAGCGAUACAAGAUAUUACGCUUGGGAAUAGCCGAUCUCUGAAGAAUUGGUCAUAACCGAAGGCGUUUUUUAAAAUCUGGCUGAAAAUUCUCUACAAAACUCUUUGAUACAUAGUGAAGAACGUAGGAAUUCCGAUUUUCUAACUGCAAAAUUGUUAGAAAUUUGCCAAACGAUUCUCGAGUUUUGGUUUUGGUCUAGUUUCACCUCGAAGUUACAAGAGCCCGGUUCAAGACUAACAUAAAUUUAGUCUGCAUUGUGUAGGGACAAACCAUGUUUACUUCGGCCAGUUCGGACAACUUUUGGAAAAGUUACAAGCCGCUAAAGCCUGGCAGGCUGGUGAAUUUGGUUCUGGUUUUCGCAUUCUUGAUGAAAAUCCUGAUAUCUAUCUGUAUAAUGGAUAUGAAUUUACUAUAUGUGUUCAAUUGCAUAAUGCGGUGCGCUUUUUGCUUUUAUAGGCCACCCCUUACGUUACUAACAAAACCGUGUAUUGCGCGGAAUUGACAACCCUUUGCGAUGCAUGUUACUAUUCCCCGAUUUUUUGCCAUAAAUAUACGCUUCUAUGUCUGUGCUAUGCAGUAUUAGCAGUUUUAGCCCCCUAGCAAAUAUUUGCCGGCAGUUGCAUAUAAUUUACCUAAGUGAUCAGAAAGUUUUAUCCACCAUUUUUUUUGAAAAUGUCGAAAAAACUGCCCUUAAGGUGCAGGGAUGAAAAAUUCCGUUUUACCGAAUGUUUUUCCGCUCUUUUUGAUAAGGCAGUAAAAAUUUGGAACUGCAGCUCAAUUACUAUAGCAGCCGAGCUGAAAGGUGGGCAGAGAGUCCGGAGUAUAGAUUGUGGAAUGUAGAGGACUUUAAGCAUGUUUUUAUAAUACUAGCAUUCGUGUUUCGACGUUUUCUUUAUUUAUUUUUUAUUUUUCAGACAUUUUUGAUCACCAAGAUUAUUUGCACCCCAUUUGGAAGUUCCUUGAAGAUUCACCGCCAAUUGUAUGGAAAAAGAAGAUGAAAAAAAGCCAGAAAAUAGAAAAGGCAAAAAAGAAAGAGAAAAAAGGCAAAAAAAGAAAAAAAGCCAAAAAAAGGAAAAAAUAAGGAAUAAGAAGAAAAAAAUAAAAAAAUACAUAAAAGAAAAAAAAAAUAAAAAAAUAAGAAAAGAAGAAUAAGAAAAAAAUUAAACUGAAAAAGAAGAAAAAGAUGUACUCUCCGUCGUCGCUUAUCAUCCCACAAAUCUCCUACUUGUUAUGGAUUCUUAGUGGGACCUGAUGAUGUAAGUUAUCUUUUCGGCUUAUAUUUUACUUUGCUUUAGUUUAUGAUGACGUAAUUUGGAUCUUACUUUCAGUACUUUUGGAAAAAUACGAAAUGAAUUACCCCCUUUCCGACCAAGCAGCCAGAAGAACUCGAUACUUUGGAAAUACAUGGAAUUCAAGUUCUGGUCAACACGAAGCAGUCAAUAUAAAAUGUAAGUUUUGGUUAGAUCGUGGAAUGUAGAGGGCUUUAAACAUGUUUUUAUAAUACAGGGUGUUUCAAGAAAUUCCGCGAAAAGUUUUUGUCGAUUCCUUGGCGCAAAAAAAUCUUUUUGCAGGAUAAAGAAGAUGGGCGGUUUUUUUGCCUUAAAAAAUCAUUUUCUACGCCAACGCGGAAAGCAGUUGAUUCGGCGGAGACAUUUUGGCACUUUUUCGGUCAUCACACUAAUAUUUCUUGACGGAGCGCCAAGAAAUAGACAAAAACUUUCGCGGAAUUUCUUGAAUCACCCUAUUAGCAUUCGUGUUUCGACGUUUGCUUUAUUUAUUUUUUAUUUUCCAGGCAUUUUCGAUCACCAAGACCCGUUAUUUGA